ACACAGUGCACAAAGUGCGUCGUGACCGAUGACUUCCUCUCGCCUCUGCGCUCGCGGCAUGGCGACCCGGGGUGUCGUCCGCUUCAGCGUGCGGCGCCGCUCGAACCGCAGAGCUCGCGGUAGCCUGUGUACAGGAGGCACAUGUGUGUGCCGUGCACGCUGCCUGUGUGUGCGCGCACAAAAUUAUUGAAUAUUUGCUAACACGAACCCAGCAAUGUCGAAGCUACCUCGCCCGCCGACGAGGAACGGAGCUGCCGUUCGCCCGACGUCGGUGAGCCGCUCGCCCUAUGGAACAACAUUGAAGAGAGGGAGCGAUGCCACAAUCUGGCAAACGUUUACUCCAUCAUCAUGACGACUGAAGCCCUAGAGAGGCUUUACACCAGAGACGGGAUCUCUAAGACCGAGUACAGAGAACACUGCAAAAAGCUCAUUACACAAUUCCGAAGCACCCUGCGACUAGAAAAUGUUGGAGACGUAAGGAGCUUUAUGGACAAGUACUGCAUGAACAACUGCCCUCUAGCUUACCACAGGCUGGUGGAAGUCGGCGUUCCGGACGCAGAGGAGUCCAACGGAAGCUUCAAUAAGCUGAUCGCCGAGACAGUACAAUAUUUCAUUACGAUUUCCGACUGCGUGAAGCUGAGAAUGGUGGCGGUGGACGAAAUCCACUCCCUUUUCGACGCUCUGAUGGACCGGCUGAAAAGUUUCACUAUGUCUCCAGACUCUGAAGCGAUAACAAGAGUCCAGAAGUGGCUAGGAAAGCUCAACACAAUGAAUGUGUACGACAAGUUGGAUGAGGAUCAGGAGCGGCAGAUGGCGUUCGAUAUCGGCCUCGCUUACGAGACGUUUUACAAGUAUCUGGGUACCAUCUAGCAAAGAAAUAAAGAACAAAAUUUCGAUCUGGCUAUUUUUCGAGGUAGGACCUUAAUUUAUUUGCGACCACCGUCUUCUUG